AUGAAAACGUUCACACAAAACCAGCUUCUACACGGUGCCUUUGCCCUUUUCUGUGCGCUCUGCUUGCUCGGGCCGGUGGCGGCAGCAGGCGAGUCUCUUUUGCAAGGCUCCAGUUUGUGUGCAGCCAAAACUCUGACAAACAGCUCUGCUCUGGAAAACAUAACGGAGGGAAUACUGAUGUGGGAAGUCCGCAUAGCUCUUCUGGCUUCCCAGCAGGAAGGGCUGCGCGGCCCCAUGUGCAUCCCCCGCAAAGAAGCCCUGGGCACGUGCAUAUACAGAAUGCGCAUGCAAAUGAACGAGAUAAUCGACCUGCAUACGAUUCUUAUAAGGGAGCAGAGAAAACCCUCCAUAUGCAACGGCCUAGAAACACAUAUACGGAACCAGGUAAAUGAAAGGAUUAAACAUCUAACGCAGCUUAAACUGCUUGAGCAUGCACAUCGCAACAAAAGUCUGCACCCACAGGCCGGCGAAGCGCUUGUUCUCUCUUGGGCCACAGCCGCCUAUAGCGCAACACAGGAAAACAGCGAGGCGUGCAUACAAAAACUGUGCGCGUUCUUGAAUCUAUUCAUUAAUGACUCGAUGCUGGGAAUGGCUAUAUGCUAG